AAUAAGACCAGCAAGAAGAAGACUACUGAUGAAACCUUACGCAAACUGGUGAAUGCCAAACUGCAGGAUGGUGACAUCAGCGGUGCUGUUAAAGUUCUGACGUCUGAAGAUACGGUUGCUGCGCUGACGGGAGACGUUAUUAAGGCGUUACGUGAUAAACAUCCAGAUCCACCAGCGGAUCUGGAUACAACGGUCUGUGACGUUCAACCUGUUGCUCACAAUGUGUCUCCGAAUGAGAUUCUUGUCGCUGUUAAAUCUUUUCCUGCAGGCUCAUCAGCUGGACCUGAUGGUCUUCGACCGCAGCAUUUGAAGGAGAUGGUGAGUGUGCCUGGAGAAACAGGGGAGUCCUUACUGUCGGCCCUGUCCAAACUGGCCAACCUAGCUCUAUCCGGAAAGAUCCCUGCGGCGGCCAAGAGAGUGUUCUUUGGUGGAAUGUUGACGCCUCUAUUAAAGAAAAACGGGGGUAUUCGUCCCAUAGCUUGCGGUUGCACAUUGCGGCGGCUAUUUGGAAAAGUUAUCAGCCGACGCGUUCAAGAUGAGAUGGGAGAACUAUUUCGUCCCGUGCAGCUCGGUUAUGGUACUCGUGGAGGUGCAGAAGCGGCCGUACAUGCUGCUCAGAUGUGAUGUUGAAGAAAGUGGCGGAAGUUCUUCCUCAAUAUUAUGCGUUUAUCUCCGCGGCAUACAGCACUCCGUCGUCAUUGUUUUGUGGAGACCAAAUUAUUGCCUCUGCCCAUGGUAUCCAGCAAGGGGAUCCACUUGGCCCGUUACUGUUUUGUUUGAUCUCGGCUAAUUUGUCCAGAGAAUUACAGUCCGAAUUAAACAUCUGGUUUUUGGAUGACGGCACGUGCGGCGGGGAUCCGGAUACCGUUUUGGGAGAUUUCAUGACUAUAUUGGGAAAAGCACGCACACUCGGCUUGCAGUUGAAUUUGUCGAAAUGCGAGCUGCACGUUUUUGGUGGCACUGAAUCCGAGCGGAAAGAAGUCAUUGAAAGUUUUCACUCUAUUUCACCUGAGAUUCUGCUGGUUUCGUCGGAGCAGCUGGACCUCCUUGGUGCACCACUUACUGAUUUGGCGAUUGGGCGAGUGUUAGAUGGAAAGAUCGGUCAGAUACGACGUCUGACUGAUCUGCUCGGUGUGUUGCCAGCGCAUCAGUCAUUGUUCCUUUUGAAGAACAGCCUUUCGCUGCCGAGAUUGUUGUUUACUCUUAGGUGCGCCCCGUGUUGGAAGUGUCCAGAUAAACUGCGCCUGUUUGACGAUACCGUGAGGAGAAAAGCGGAAGAAAUUACGAAUGUAGAAAUGUCCGACACCGUGUGGCGACAAGCGAUUUUACCUGAUCGCCUUGGAGGAAUCGGCCUUUGUAGGGCGGAGGAUGUAGCGUUGCCUGCAUAUCUAUCUUCGUGUUAUGCUACGGAUCCUCUGGUCUGUGAGAUUGUCCCGGAUACUGGUCAAAGCCCUAGAGAAAAUGUGGUUAAGGUUUAUCAGGAGAAACUUGGAGAAGACCCACCGCCUAUGCCGAGCCGUCGUUUCCAGUCAGCGUGGACCGGUGUGAUGUACGACAAAAUGCGCCGUCUCUUAGUGGACAAUGCCGACGUUAUCGCUAAAGCUCGCUUGUUGGCCCUGUCUACAAAAGAGUCUUCUGCAUGGUUGUCGGCGCUGCCUGUGUCCAGUUUAGGAAACCUUCUUGAUGAUGUCAGUUUACGAGUGGCUGUGGCUUUACGCUUAGGUGCUUUUAUUUGUAAUGAGCACAUAUGCCGUUGUGGCGAAAUGGUUGACAGGUACGGUCAUCAUGGCCUUUGCUGUAAGAAAAGUGCAGGACGAAUCCGGCGCCACAGCGCGCUCAACAACAUAGUUCAGCGGGCGUGUGGAUCUGCGAAAAUAUCCGCCAUUUUGGAACCUCCCGGACUUGAUAAGGAAACUGGAAAACGACCAGAUGGCAUGACCCUGUAUCCUUGGCAAUAUGGAAAACCAUUAGUAUGGGAUGUCACUGUAGCUGACACGCUAGCGGCAACAUAUAUUGGCCAAACUUCUGACCACCCUGGCGCUGCCGCGGAAGCCGCUGAGAUUCGAAAACUGGGAAAAUAUGAGAAGUUGAGGGAUCGAUACAUUGUACAUCCUUUUGCUUUCGAAACUAUGGGAUCCUGUGGACCAAGCACUAGUGGUUUUAUCUCGGAUCUGGCCAAACGUAUUCGGGAGCAGACUGGAGAAAGCCUUGUCACAAAUUCGCGCCGAGUCGAAGGUGCUAUUGUCAGCACUGGUGGCCGCUUGUAUAUCAUGGGCGGCAUGUCGCUUCCGCGCCACGGCAUGAAAUGGAGAUUCAGUGGUGCAAUGAGGCGAAUAUUCACGGAGGAUGGACGCUACAUGAAGGCCAAAUCCCACCGGGCCGAUGUUCUGGAUUGA